CCUAACAACAGCAUAACCGUGGUGAUUAUGGGCACUGCACUAGAGGCCAUUGGAGGGUGCUACUAAACUAGUCCUAGAAGGGACAGAGUGCAGUGAUGUACUGCUGUGCUCUGUAGCCUUGGAUCCAGAGAUUCUGCAGGGACAGGGACAAAGCCUCCAUUGCUUCACCUUCAUGAUCUCAUCAAACUCUUCAACCUCUCUCCUACUUCCUAUUUAGACACCUCAUUCUUGUUCUUAUUUUUCCCUCUCUUUUCCCUACAAACAUAUAAAAACUUGACCAUUUGACAUGGCCUGGCCUCUCUCUAUCUCUCUUCUCCCUCUCUUCUUAAUACUAAACCUCAUCACCAUCACACUUCAUUAAUUAGUUAGGAGUUGGUAGUACUUAGUACUAGUCUUGCAACAUAAGCAAGACCAAGAUUUGGGAGGAGCAAUUAACACAAGUACACAAAACACUAGAAUCCUACAGGAUUAGCUACACUUGCAGAGUAGUGUGUUCUUGGAUAUACAAAGUACAGGUACAAAGAGCGAGUGUGGUUUAGUGUAUAUGCCUGCGUGAUGUGUGGUGCUGCUGCUUGUGUUAUGAGUAGAAGAAGCAGAUGGAGGGCGGCGCCGACGUCGCCGGCGGCGAUGGUCGUGGCGUGUUUGGUCGUCUUGCUGCGCGUCGGCUGCGUGGUUGCCGUGGACGAGCAGGGCGCGGCGCUGCUCGCGUGGAAGGCGACGCUGCGCGGCGGCGCGCUGGCGGACUGGAAGGCCGGGGACGCGUCGCCAUGCAGGUGGACCGGCGUGUCGUGCAAUGCCGACGCCGGCGUCACGGAGCUGAGCCUGGAGUUCGUCGACCUGUUCGGCGGCGUGCCGGGGAACCUCGGCGCGGUGGGCCGCACGCUGACGCGGCUGGUGCUCACCGGCGCGAACCUGACGGGGCCAAUUCCGCCGGAGCUCGGCGAGCUGCCGGCGCUGGCGCACCUUGACCUCAGCAGCAAUGCGCUCACGGGGCCGAUACCGGCGGCGCUCUGCCGGCCGGGGAGCAAGCUGGAGACUCUGUACCUCAACUCCAACCGUCUCGAGGGCGCCAUCCCGGACACCAUCGGCAACCUCACGUCGCUCCGGGAGCUCAUCGUCUACGACAACCAGCUCGCCGGCAGGAUUCCGGCGUCCAUCGGCCGGAUGGCCAACCUCGAGGUGCUCCGCGGCGGCGGCAACAAGAACCUCCAGGGCGCGCUCCCGGCGGAGAUCGGCGACUGCUCCAGGCUCACCAUGAUCGGCCUCGCCGAGACCAGCAUCACCGGCCCGCUCCCGGCGAGCCUCGGCCGGCUCAAGAACCUCACCACGCUUGCCAUCUACACGGCGCUGCUCUCCGGCCCGAUCCCGCCGGAGCUCGGGCGGUGCAGCAGCCUCGAGAACAUCUACCUCUACGAGAACGCGCUCUCCGGCUCCAUCCCGGCGCAGCUCGGCGGGCUCGGGAAGCUCAGGAACCUGCUGCUAUGGCAGAACCAGCUCGUCGGUGUCAUCCCGCCGGAGCUCGGAUCGUGCGGCGCGCUCGCCGUCGUCGACCUGUCGCUCAACGGGCUCACCGGCCACAUCCCGGCGUCGUUCGGCAACCUGUCGUCGCUGCAGGAGCUGCAGCUCAGCGUCAACAAGCUCUCCGGCGCGGUCCCGCCGGAGCUCGCCCGGUGCAGCAACCUCACCGACCUCGAGCUGGACAACAACCAGUUCACCGGCGGCAUCCCGGCCGAGCUCGGCCGCCUCCCCGCGCUGCGGAUGCUCUACCUCUGGACCAACCAGCUCACCGGAACCAUCCCGCCGGAGCUCGGCCGGUGCACGAGCCUCGAGGCGCUCGACCUCUCCAAUAACGCGCUCACCGGGCCAAUCCCGCGCUCCCUCUUCCGGCUGCCGCGGCUGUCCAAGCUGCUGCUCAUCAACAACAGCCUCUCCGGCGAGCUGCCGCCGGAGAUCGGCAGCUGCACGGCCCUCGUCCGGUUCCGAGUGAGCGGCAACCACAUCGCCGGCGCGAUACCUCCGGAGAUUGGCAUGCUUGGCAACCUCAGCUUCCUUGACCUCGCCGCGAACCGGCUCUCCGGCGCCCUCCCGGCGGAGAUGUCCGGGUGCCGGAACCUCACGUUCGUCGACCUCCACGACAACGCCAUCUCCGGCGAGCUGCCGCCGGGCUUGUUCCAGGACUGGCUCUCGCUCCAGUACCUCGACCUCUCCUACAACGUCAUCUCCGGCGCGAUCCCGCCGGAGAUAGGCAUGCUCACCUCUCUGACUAAGCUCGUUCUCGGCGGCAACCGGCUGUCGGGGCCGAUACCGCCGGAGAUUGGCUCGUGCACCCGCCUCCAGCUCAUCGACGUCGGCGGCAACUCGCUCUCCGGCCACAUACCGGGGAGCAUCGGGAAGAUUCCUGGGUUGGAGAUUGCCCUUAACCUCAGCUGCAACAGCUUCUCCGGCGCGAUCCCGGCCGAGUUCGCCGGGCUUGCGAGGCUCGGGGUGCUUGACGUGUCGCGCAACCAGCUCUCCGGUGACCUCCAGCCGCUGUCCGCGCUGCAGAACCUCGUGGCGCUCAACAUCUCGUUCAACGGCUUCACCGGCCGGCUGCCGGAGACGGCGUUCUUCGCGAGGCUGCCGACGGGCGACGUCGAGGGCAACCCGGCGCUGUGCCUCUCGCGGUGCUCCGGCGACGCCAGAGAGCGCGAGCUCGAGGAGCGCCACGCCGCCCGCGUCGCGAUGGCGGUGAUGCUCUCCGCCCUCGUCGUCCUCCUCGUGGCCGCGGCGCUCGUCCUCUUCGGGUGGCGCCGCCGCGGCGGCGCGCGCGCCGGCGGGGACAAGGACGGCGACAUGUCGCCGCCGUGGGACGUCACGCUGUACCAGAAGCUGGAGAUCGGCGUGUCCGACGUGGCCCGCAGCCUCACGCCGGCGAACGUCAUCGGCCACGGGUGGUCCGGCGAGGUGUACCGCGCGAGCAUGCCAUCCUCCGGCGUCACCAUCGCCGUCAAGAAGUUCCGGUCGUGCGACGAGGCGUCCAUAGAGGCCUUCGCCUGCGAGGUCAGCGUGCUCCCGCGUGUCCGCCACCGCAACAUCGUCCGGCUGCUGGGCUGGGCGGCGAACCGCCGGACGCGCCUCCUCUUCUACGACUACCUCCCUAACGGCACCCUCGGCGGCCUGCUCCACGGCGGCGCAACGGCCGGCACCACCGCCGCCGUGGUGGAGUGGGAGGUUCGCCUCGCCAUCGCCGUCGGCGUGGCCGAGGGCCUCACCUACCUCCACCACGACUGCGUGCCAGCGAUCAUCCACCGCGACGUCAAGGCCGACAACAUCCUCCUCGGCGAGCGCUACGAGGCGUGCCUCGCCGACUUCGGCCUCGCCCGCGUCGCCGACGACGGCGCCACCUCCUCCCCUCCGCCGUUCGCCGGGUCCUACGGCUACAUCGCUCCCGAGUACGGAUGCAUGACCAAGAUCACGACCAAGAGCGACGUGUACAGCUUCGGCGUGGUGCUCCUCGAGAUGAUCACCGGUCGCCGCCCACUUGACCCGGCGUUUGGGGAGGGACAAAGCGUGGUGCAAUGGGUGCGCGACCACCUCUGCCGAAAACGAGACCCGGCGGAGAUGGUCGACGCGAGGUUGCAGGGCCGGCCCGACACACAAGUUCAAGAGAUGCUACAAGCUCUCGGCAUCGCUCUUCUAUGUGCGAGCCCACGGUCGGAGGAUCGGCCAACCAUGAAGGAUGUGGCGGCGCUGCUACGUGGCAUCCGACACGACGACGGUGUAGAAGCACGAAAAGCCGGCAAUGGAGUUGGUACCGAUGCGGAGACGAGGAAGCAGGCUGACCCGAGACAGCCCAUCUCAUCGACCAAACUCAUGGCCCUAGCUAAACCAGCCCUGGCCCAAGCCCAAGCCCAAGCCCAACUCCACGCCCGUGCCAACUCCGGUUCCUUGGGCCUUCUCAACGACCAGGAGUGAGUGAUACAGUAAUACAGAUAGCUCAAACUAAAGGGCCCACUGGCAGUGUGACGUGAGGAUGAUAUAUGAUUGGUGAUGUUGACCAGGCAACCGUGGGUGUAGCCACUCACGGGGACCUGUAAGAAAAGGACGGUUCGCUGUUUGCUGGUGGGGCCAGUUGUCAUAGAGCGUAGGGGGUGUGUCGUUUUGCUAGGUGCACCCCUUGUGGGUACAGAUUGGAAUGGGUAUCUUUGUGCUAGGGUUCUUAUUAGUGAUAUCAUAGGAGACCCAUAGAUAUAUAAAGGGUCACGAGACAUUGAGGGUCAAUAAUAUUUUGUACCAUAAAUGGGGGCAUAAUGCGUCCAAUGGAUUUUAGUGUAAAUUAUCCCACUAAGUAAUAAUUGUUUAGCCAUAUUAUGGGUGAAGAUGUUUGUCAA